AUGAUGGUUUCCAUCAAGCAAGUUUCCGUUAUCUCGACCCUCCUUUUUGGCCUCGGCCAACAGGUGGUCGCAGACUCUUUGGAGGACAAUGAGCUUGUCGCCCGUGGUGAGAACGAUGUCUCUGAUGGCGGCUACCUCUUCGAGGCACGCGAUGUCCUCGAGGAUGAACUUGACACCCGCGACAUCGUUGAGGAGGAGCUCGAAAUCCGUGACGACGAGGAUCUCGAGGCCCGCGACGUCGAGGGAGGUGAUCUGGAGGUGAGGAGGAACACUCCUCCUCCUACUCCUCCACCAACUCCACCUCCCAUCGUUAUCACGCCUCCCAGCCCUCAACGUAAUGCUCGACAGCGCCACCGCCGUGGCCUGGGACGACGAGGCGUCAACGGAGGUCUCGGGAAGAGGAGGAACACUCCCCCUCCUACUCCCCCUCCUACGCCUCCCCCGAUCAUUAUCACGCCUCCCAGCCCUCAGCGUAACUCUCGCAGCCGUGGCCGCCGAAGUCUCGGGAAGAGGAGGAACACUCCACCUCCCACUCCCCCUCCUACUCCUCCACCGAUCAUUAUCACGCCUCCUAGCCCGCAGCGCAACUCUCGCAGCCGUGGCCGUCGAAGCCUGGACGGAGGUCUCAGCAAGAGAAGGAACACUCCUCCUCCUACUCCUCCUCCUACGCCUCCCCCGAUCAUCAUCACUCCUCCCAGCCCCCAGCGCAACUCUCGCAGCCGUGGUCGCCGAAGCCUUGACGGAGGUCUCAGCCCGAGGAGGAACACUCCCCCUCCUACUCCCCCUCCUACUCCUCCGCCUAUUAUCAUCACGCCUCCCAGCCCCCAGCGCAACUCUCGCAGCCGUGGCCGUCGCAGUCUUGGAGAUCUCAGCCCGAGGAGAAACACUCCCCCUCCCACUCCACCUCCUACUCCUCCUCCUAUCAUCAUUACACCUCCUAGCCCCCAGCGCAACUCUCGCAGCCGUGGCCGUCGCAGUCUUGGAGAUCUUAGCCCGAGGAGAAAUACUCCCCCUCCUACCCCUCCUCCCACUCCUCCUCCUAUCGUUAUCACUCCUCCCAGCCCCCAGCGCAACUCUCGCAGCCGUGGUCGCCGAAGCCUUGGAGAUAUCGAGAAGAGGAGGAACACGCCCCCUCCUACUCCUCCCCCCACUCCUCCUCCUAUCGUCAUCACGCCUCCCAGCCCUCAGCGCAACUCUCGCAGCCGCGGCCGCCGCAGCCUGUAA